AUGAAGAUGCUCGCUUCUGUGGGCCAGUUUUGUGCUAGUGCUGCGGUCGAGUCAAAUCUGGCAUCUUGUGUCGACAUUAUCAGACAAAGUGCUGCCCGUGGAGCUUCUAUGGUAUUUUUACCAGAAGCAUCGGAUUUCAUCGCUGAAAACAAGGAUCAGGCUCUCUCACUCACUGAAUCACUGGACAUUGGUAAAUUUGUCGCGGGUUUGAAAGAUGCUGCUAAAACAUCGAAUGUCUGGAUAUCUGCUGGAGUGCAUGAAACAUCGCCAUUCAAAGACCGAUUAUACAACACACACAUAGUGAUAAACGCUGAAGGUCUAAUAGCUUCAGUUUAUCGCAAGAUACAUUUGUUUGACGUGGACAUCAAAGAUGGUCCGAAACUAAUGGAAAGCGCUGGUACAGUACCAGGUCCUACUAUUGUAUCACCCGUUGAAACGCCUAUUGGCAAAGUCGGGCUCAUGGUGUGCUUUGAUUUGAGGUUUCCUGAGCUCUCAUGGUUGUUAAGGAGGCGAGGAGCAGACAUCCUCACAUACCCAUCCGCAUUCACUGUUCCAACAGGCCUGGCUCACUGGGAACCAUUAAUACGAGCACGAGCUAUCGAAACCCAGUGUUAUGUAAUUGCUUCAGCACUUACAGGCAAACAUAAUCCAAAGCGAGAAUCAUAUGGGCAUGCAAUUAUCGUCGACCCUUGGGGACAGGUUAUCGCGCAUUGUAGUAACACGGCGGCACCGACUUUUGCUAUUGGUGAGAUUGAUUUAAAGUAUUUGAACAAGAUUAGGAUGGAGAUGCCGGUGUUGAAUCAGAGGAGGGACGAUUUGUAUCAGUUGGCGGAAGUAAAUGGUAGUGGUGGGCCUACUGAUACGAGUAGUUCUAAUGGGAAUGUGAAGAAGAGGGCCAAGGUGAAUGAGGAUAGUGAUGUGCCUCAAGUCAUAUAG